AUGCCUGGCACCCAUCUUUUACCGCCUAACCUUCUAAAACUCUUCGCACCUCGACCCCCUCUGCCAUACUCGCGACCUGUCGACAAGGACAUUGACCGGGUUACGAGCAAGGCUGUCAGCGGUGUCGGCCCCAUCCUUGCUCGUCUGAAGGAAGCCACGACAGAUAGUCUCAUUGCUUCCAAUGGAGAGAUGGAGGAUGGUGAAGAACCCACGUUUACGCUUGCCGUGGAAUACCAGCGGCAACUACGACGCGAGGAGCGAAAAAAAAAGAAAACAGAGGAGUUUAAGAUUGCUAAAGAAACUUACAAACCUGCCGACGACCCAGAGGCUAUAGGGGAUCCUUAUAAAACACUCUUUAUAUCUCGUUUGAAUAAAAAUGCAACCGAAAACGAUCUUCGUCGCGAGUUCGAGACAUACGGCACCAUUGAGCGAGUCAGGAUUGUACGGGAUAAGAAAGGCCGCAGCAGAGGCUACGCAUUCAUUGUAUACGAACGUGAACGGGACAUGAAGGCCGCCUAUAAGGAAUCGGACGGUCUACAUAUAAUGGGAAAACGCAUACUUGUAGAUGUCGAGCGUGGACGUACUGUCCGUGGUUGGAAGCCUCGUCGGCUUGGAGGCGGCUUGGGAGGUCGGCCUAAACGUGUUGAGCCUGUCGCUGUUUCAGCAGCGCCUCCGUCUCGCGGCGGCUUCCGUGGCGGCUUUGGAGGUGGGCGUGGGUUUGGUAACAGAGGGGGCUUUCGUGGCGGACGAGGAGGUUUCCGUGGUGGGUUUGGAGGCGACAGAGGGGGAUUCAAUGACAGAGGAGGAUUUGGUGGUGAUAGAGGAGGGUUCGGUGACAGAGGAGGGUUCGGUGACAGAGGAGGGUUCGGAGGUGACAGAGGAGGAUUUAGCGACAGGGGAGGAUUUGGUGACAGAGGAGGAUUCAAUGACAGGGGAGGUGGUGGCGGGGGGUUCCGUGGCGGGUUUGGCGGUGAUGGUGGAGGCUUCAGAGGAGGCUUCAGAGGCGGACGAGGAGGCGGUAUCGGUUACAAUGGAGGCGGAUUCGACCAUCCACCGAAUGGAUUUGGCAAUGGGCCUCCAUCGAAUGGGCAAGUUGGGUUUGGUGGUCCGGGUGGCCCUCCAGGUAUCGGUGGACAUGGUCCUCCUGGCGGUGGCUACGGAGGAGGUGGUUAUCGUGGCGAUCUCAAGCGUGAAGGACCUGGCGGCGGUUUCGAAGAAAGAGAUUCCAAACGGCCAAGAUAUUAG